CCCGGAAGCGUUCUUGCGUCGGCCGUGACUGCUAUUCAUUCAGGCUGCUGCGAUUGAAACCAUCACUCCCUACAGAUAUCCGUUCAUAUCGGGGCCGCCUGGUGUGUUUUCUUGUCGGUAGAUUAAAGGAGAGCGAGCAUGGCUGGUCGGCUACCGGCUUGUGUUGUCGACUGCGGCACGGGGUACACAAAGCUUGGUUAUGCAGGAAACACAGAACCACAGUUCAUCAUCCCUUCAUGUAUUGCAAUCAAAGAAUCAGCCAAGGUGGGAGACCAGGCCCAGCGCAGGAUGAUGAAGGGUGUUGAUGACCUGGAUUUCUUCAUCGGGGAUGAAGCCAUAGACAAACCAUCAUAUGCAACAAAGUGGCCCAUCCGUCACGGGAUAGUGGAGGACUGGGACCUUAUGGAGAGAUUUAUGGAGCAGAUCAUCUUCAAGUAUCUGCGGGCAGAACCUGAAGACCAUUACUUUCUUUUGACAGAGCCUCCUCUCAACACACCAGAAAACAGAGAGUACACAGCAGAGAUCAUGUUUGAGUCGUUCAAUGUCCCGGGUCUCUACAUUGCUGUUCAGGCUGUCCUGGCGCUGGCUGCCUCCUGGACAUCCAGACAGGUGGGAGAGCGGACGCUGACAGGGACUGUGAUCGACAGCGGAGACGGAGUCACUCACGUCAUCCCAGUGGCUGAAGGCUACGUCAUCGGCAGCUGCAUCAAGCACAUCCCCAUCGCUGGUCGAGACAUCACCUACUUCACCCAACAGCUGCUGAGGGAACGAGAGGUGGGGAUACCUCCGGAGCAGUCCCUGGAGACGGCCAAAGCUGUCAAGGAGCGGUUUAGCUACGUUUGCCCUGACCUUGUGAAGGAGUUUAACAAGUACGACACAGACGCCUCCAAGUGGAUCAAACAGUACACGGGCAUCAACUCCAUCUCCAAGAAGGAGUUCACCAUCGAUGUUGGCUACGAGCGCUUCCUGGGACCGGAGAUCUUCUUCCACCCGGAGUUUGCUAACCCAGAGUUCACCCAGCCGAUCUCAGAGGUGGUGGAUGAAGUCAUCCAGAACUGCCCCAUCGACACCAGACGUCCGCUCUACAAGAACAUUGUGCUCUCCGGAGGCUCCACCAUGUUCAGGGACUUUGGCAGACGCAUGCAGAGGGACCUCAAGAGGACUGUGGACGCACGGCUGAAAAUGAGCGAAGAGCUGAGCGGCGGCAAGUUGAAGCCAAAGCCCAUCGAUGUUCAAGUCAUCACUCAUCACAUGCAGAGGUACGCUGUCUGGUUCGGAGGAUCAAUGCUGGCAUCUACUCCCGAGUUUUACCAAGUGUGCCACACCAAGAAAGACUACGAGGAGAUCGGGCCGAGCAUCUGCCGCCACAACCCCGUGUUCGGAGUCAUGUCUUAGGCGUCGGAGCGGCGCAUUCAGCGGAGGCCGAGGAAAAAAACGGGAAGAAAGCACCGCAAGACCUCACGUGCUGUGGAAGUCCCAUGAGCCUUUGCACGGAUGCUCCGACAGACCCGUACGUUCGGAUUAAAGCGACAGCGGACCAAACAAACUGCCAAAAUAGCGGCAAUAUCCUCGCAAAUUAGAGGAAAGAGGUGACUCAGCCCAAAGGAUCCUCAAAUAUAAUGUUUACUGCAAGUAGGUUAAUAAUAGGUGAUAAAUCUUUAAUUUCUGCGUGCCUCGUAUAUGUACUUAUAAUAUCCUCACAGGGUUGUAAUAUGUAAUUAAUCAACAUGAGUCCUGUAUAGAUGCACUUCUCUGUGUAUAUGGGUUGGGGUUCUUGCUAAAUGUUAUAUACUGUUUCAAGAAGCAGGACAUGCUUUGCUUGUUUUACACAAACUUCAGUGAAUAAAACACCUUUUUGUUCAUCAAAUGGGUGAAAACAUACAAAAAAAACUCAAUCAGUACAAACGCACCAUUCCUCAUUUUCUUUUCUUUCAUUGUGUCUCUUUUUUUGGAAAAUGUCCCUCAGUACCUGGAGGAAAUAUUUAUUUGAAUCUAGAUUAUUAAGACAAGUCAGGCAUUUAAUAUAAUAUUAUUAUCUAUUCAAAUAGUUUCCACCAGGUUUCACUGAAGUCUUCUUUCUCUUGCAGCGUUGUGACAAAUCGUCACCGCUUUCCUUUGACCUUUUUUUAUUUUUAUUUGUAUUAAUCAUCUUUCGACCAACCUGUCUUUGAAAAAAAAAGAAAAGUCGUAUUAAUAUAUGAACUUGCAGUUUGAAUGACUGUUGUUGGACCAUCACUGUUGCCUAGAUCUCAGUUCUACUGGAUAGCCUUGUACUGUACCAAAUCUGGAUUUCAAAUGCCGGCAUUUCCAAAUAAAUGCCAAGGAGAUAUUUCUACAGUUGUGAU